AUGUCCAGUGAACGUGUCUUCCGCUUGCCCUUUCGCAAGCCGCAAUGGAUGAACAGCGCCACUACCCGUACCGCCGGCCUAACAUGGCCGCUACAGUUUGCUAUCGCCCUCUUCGUCUUCCUUGAUGCCGCCAUCUAUUCCAAAUCUGCCCUCAAUGGCUCCGACGUACACAUGACCUUUAUCGACUGGAUUCCCGUCAUCUUCAGUGCCCUCGGCAUGCUUAUCGUCAACUCGAUCGACAAGACCCGUCUUUCUGCCGAUAACUUCAGCUACAGCGGUGAUGGUGUCGCCUGGAAGGCUCGCGUUGUCUUGUUCAUGGGCUUCGCUGCUAUGGCUGGUGGUCUCGCUGGCGGUGUCACCGUCAUGGUCCUCAAGUACAUUGUUCCGCAAUACACCUUCCCUACUCUCUGGUUCGGUGUCGCCAAUGUCAUCGCCAACGUUUUGGUCUCUCUCAGCUCUGUCGUCCUUUGGGUUUCGCAGAACAUGGAAGAUGAUUACACCUAUAACUUGCAGCUAUAG